GUUUUGGUUUAAGCAAUGGUCGCAAAAGCAGUAUAGUGUUUUUAAUUUUUUUGGGAAAUAAAGCGCCUCAACAUGAACAGGGGUGGGCGUGUUGAGGUAACACCGCCGGAGUGCGCGCUGGCCGCCGAAAUGUUCGACCACUUUUGUUCGGCGGGUACCAUGAAACAAAUCCUGGCGCUGCACAGGGAGAUCUGCAACACCCUCACACUCAAACCCACCCGACUUCCUGAUUUCUAUCCCAAACUGAAGGCGAAACUGGCUAGCUCGUGGAAAGCGCAGGCCCUGUUCAAGAAGUUCGAUGCUCGUGCUAACCACAAAGUAUACGGCAAGGGCCGGGCGUGCACCUCCAACAAAGUACUCAUCAUCGGGGCGGGACCCUGUGGUCUUCGAGCAGCUAUAGAAUGCCAGUUGCUUGGUGCCAAAGUGGUUGUGGUCGAGAAACGUGACCGCAUGUCUCGUAAUAACGUACUGCAUCUAUGGCCUUUCGUCAUUCAGGACCUGCGCGCACUUGGAGCCAAGAAGUUCUUUGGAAAGUUUUGCGCUGGAUCAAUAGACCACAUUAGCAUUAGGCAAUUACAGUGUAUACUACUCAAGGUAGCGCUAUUGUUGGGAGUAGAGUUUCACGAAGGUGUAAGUUUCGAAGAAUUAUUGGAGCCGACAGAAUCAGAAAAUUCUGAAACAUUGGGUUGGCGUGCGCGAGUAUCGCCUACUGAACACCCAGUGUCACAAUACGAGUUCGACGCGUUGCUGGGCGCUGACGGGAAACGGAACACCUUGCAAGGCUUCAAGCGUAAGGAGUUUCGUGGCAAACUAGCUAUGGCCAUCACUGCUAAUUUCAUCAAUCGGCACACGGAGCAGGAGGCCUCGGUGCCGGAGAUAAGCGGCGUAGCAUUUAUAUUUAAUCAGAAGUUUUUCAAAGAGUUAUAUGAGAUGACUGGCAUCGACUUAGAGAAUAUAGUGUAUUAUAAAGACGACACACAUUAUUUUGUAAUGACCGCCAAGAAGCACAGUCUCCUGGAUAAGGGCGUACUGCUGAAUGAUUACACGGAAGUAUCACGACUGUUGAGCGUCGAGAACGUAGACCGGGCGGCGUUGAUGCGUUAUGCACAAGAGGCGGCCAGGUUCUCGACCGACGGUCGUCUGCCGCUAAGGGACUUCGCCCUCAACCACUACGGGGAGCCCGACGUGGCGCUGUUUGACUUCACGUCCAUGUAUGCUGCUGAAAACGCUAGCAUUGUGUACGAGAGACACGGGCGCCGUUUACUCUGCCAGUUGGUUGGAGACAGUCUCCUCGAACCGUUCUGGCCAACCGGCUCAGGCUGCGCGCGUGGUUUUCUAUCGGCUUUAGACGCGGCGUGGACAGUCAGGUCUUGGGGACAAGGGCCUCCACCGCAUCCACUAGAUGUGAUUGCUGAAAGAGAAUCUAUUUAUAGAUUAUUGGCUCAAACGACACCUGAGAAUCUGCACCGUGACUUCGGCGCUUACACCCUUGACCCGGGCACAAGAUACCCCAACCUUAACAGGACGGCUGUGACCCCUCAUCGUGUUACGUCAUUCUACGAUUCAGAUGACCCCCUGCCGCUAGACGCCGUUGCCACAGUCAGAAAAAGACGGAGAGAAUCAGAGGUAUCGGAGGAAGUGCUCGUGUCAUGGGUGGGAUGGUCUGAAGGUGGACUCCGUGCAGCGGCCAGUCCUCCUGCAUUGGCAGCAUUGCUUCGUCGGUAUCGACCUGAUCUUCUGCCAGCUACCACGGCGCCACGGUCCGUCUACCACGUACUACAGCACGAGUUCGGCAUAACUCCAUUGUGUUCGAGUGGUUCUGUAAGGGACGUACCAGACGCUAAAAUCCGUUCAUACCUCUGGAGAGUCUACAACGCGUUUAAAGGAGAAGUACCCCAUGUACAUCAUCAUACAGACGUGUUUGAUCAGAUUAAGCAGAAUCAGCAGAAAGAAAAACAUAUACGAAAUACUGCAGAUCAUUCCCUUUCAGUUUAUUCUAAUGCAGCCGAGACAGAGAAAUCACACUCGAGCUACAGAAAGAAGCGUCGUUCCGUCCGCACACCCCAAGUAAGUAACGAUCCAGCAGAGUACAUACGCAAAAAGAUUGGAAAAUUAGAUCUAAAUGAUAUUACACAGUUAGCGCGGCUAAUUGAGGGCCAUGAUGCAAUCGACGGGGAAAGCCGUGAUGACAAGCAGAAAGAUCUCCAAGAACAGAUAUUGGCACUACUAGAUCCUGAAGAGUCGCCGGACCCAAAAAUACUGAGGGACUCUUUAGCUCAACUCUUACAGGGUAGCACGAGGACUAGAGUUAUACCGAAAGAAAACGAUUCCAAGUUGUCUCACUAUUUUCUAGAAAGAAAGACAGAGAAACCUAUAAAACCACCACGAAGAUUGAAAGGAUUAGAUGCAUCGUCGAUUAAAGUUCCAGACUUCUCUGAUAUAUUUCAAAACGAUUCGGUGGAUACGGAUGUUACUUUGGUGAAUGACAAGAUAUUUAAAAAGAAAGAAUUUGUAAAAUCGUCUAGUGCGAGCCCUAAAAAGAAAGAGUUUGUGCGAUAUGCUUCGAUAGAUAGCGUUCUCCCGCUGAAAGGUAGGCGAUUAUCCGAUGUGAUUGACGGUCAUAAGCGAAGACACUCGCAAAGCCCUGAACAUUCUGAACAUUUAAUACAUGAACGUUCGAAUUCCAUCGAAUCUCCUGAAAUGGUUAAUCUCCACAAUACAAGACGUAUUGCUCAAAUAUUCGAAGGCCAAAAAAGAAGGCAUACCUUGAGUCCUGAGUCUCGAACAGCAAGAUCUGGAUCGGUUGGCAACCCUGAGAUGGCAUUGAGAAUGCAACGUAUGGCUGAAAUAAUAGAAGGCAAAAGACGUGACACUCCGAGUCCGGACCGGACUAAACGAUCUGAAUCUAUCGGCAACCCUGAAAUGGCGCUGCGGAAGCAACGAGUAGUUGAUUUGAUUCAAGGUCAAAAGCCUCGAAAGUUGGAACCACCGCAACGUAGAAACUCUGGAGACAUGGCGUUUAGGAUGCAAAGAAUGUCAGAUAUGAUGCAGAAGAAAAACGCCGAAGCAAAACGACCGAAAGUUGGCGGUAGAAGAAAGGCAGCUCGGGAGAUCAUGCGUCAGCGAUUCGAGAAGAGCCUUCAGAUGUUAGCUUCCGAGCCGAGGCCAGACUUUGUGCCUUCAGCUGACCUCGAGAAUGACUAUGGGCUACAACAGUACCGUGCGAGCGCGCCGCACUUUGGCGAGCGCGUUCGCAAACUCGAGAAGCAGUUGCAACACUACGAGGAGGGUAGGAUUGUGGGGGGCGGAGGACGAACUGGUGGCAGUGGAGGCGCACGUGUAGCGAAGCUGGCUGCGGAGUUAUCAGGCACUACUGCACCCACGGCAGCAGCACCACGGUCGUCUAAGCCAAAGGACUUGAUGAGAUCUGUAGGGAAAAUUGAGCGGGACGACUGGAAUGUGAAGGAGAUAGAGAGAAAGAUCAUGGAGAACAGGCUUGGCAGGCCCGAACCCAAGACCGCUGAAAAAGUACCCAAGUGGGACAGGGAACAGUUCCUGGGUCGUCAAAGGCGCCUGAAAGAGGGUGAGAACGAAGAAAAAUGGGGCGAAAUAGACGAAACCCUGAACAAGCUCGGCCAAAAGUUACGUGACUCGGGUCGGCCGGAUCAUGGUACCAAAAAGGUGGCUAACCUUGCAACCAAGUUUGUUAAAAAGGACGAACCGGAUACGAAAGCUCAACCCAAGGAAGAGUGUAAGAAAAGUUGGCGAGGACCCGCAUUUGCCGGUAUGCAAUGUGCUGCAUGCGGUACCAGAGUGUUUGCAGCUGAGGGUGUUACCGCAGAUGGCCUGCAUUUGCAUAGAGCCUGCUUCAGGUGUGCUGUCUGUAAAACGGUACUGCGACCAGGGAAUUACACGAUGGAACGAUACGGUAGUCGUCUGGUAUGCUUGAGACAUUCUGGUGUCAGCGUUCCCGACGCUGUGGCUGCAGCAGCAGCCCUAACAGCGCCUUCCCAAACUCGAAGCGAAAUACCCACUCCGACACCAGAACGUAUCAGCCUCGAGCUAUCCGACAGCGGAGCCCGGGAGAUCGAUGAGGAUGAAUGGACGGAUAGAAAUUUCCUAGCAUCGGAGACAUCAUGCGCUGGGGGAAUCAGUGAUGAAGAGGAGUCGAGUUCGGAUGAGUACACGGACGCAGCCGAUAGCGACAACGAGGCACGACUCUCACCUGAACCGGCCGCGCUUGCCGAUCAUCGUCCUCACCAGCACAUGUACUUCUCCGACGACUCGUUCGGUUACGAUGAUUAUUCCGACGAUGGCGCGGAAUCGUCCGGUAACGAGUCAUGUUCGCGUAUGCGCGAAGCUCGGGAAGCUCGUCGGCGAGAGGUUCCGGCCGACGCGCGUCCGCCGACCGACAGCAGUGAGGUGGAGUCGGAGGAUGAGAGUGAGUCAAGCGAGGAGGAGGUUUCAUCUGCGACCGAGGUGUCCACAGAUAGCGAGUUUGCUCGCGAGGAAUGUGCCCCAGCGCCUUCUCCGCCUGCUAUACUGGUCACCGAAGCACCCCCGCCCGCGCCGCCGCCCCCACAUGACUACCCUCUUAGUAGAACCCGAUCGGCUGGAGGAAUCGCCACCAAAAGGGCCUUAGAGCUGAAGCGUCGAUACCUUCUCGGUGAACCCUCGCCACCUGCUGUUCGCAAGUCGGACUCCACUUCCCAGCUAGACACCAAAUUGGAAGCUUUCCGCUCCAAUAUCACCGAGUUUCAGAAGAUGCUACAUCCCGCGCCAACUCCAACGAUACAACCGCAGAAACCGAUUGUCACUUUUCAAUUUUCAAUUUCAACGGAAGAAAAGAAAACUCAACCGAUGCCUGAUAUUAUCAAAAAUCUGUGUGGCGAUGCGCCUGUUGAUUUACUUACUAAAGGAGACUCUCCGCUCUGCACAAAAGAUUGGCGAGAAGAACCAAUCCCAGAAGAGAAAAAAGAGCCAGAACCGGAAUUGGAGUCCGACUCACUGUCAGAGGACGAUUCGUCCCACACAGAAACAGUACCAAAUCAGUCUGUACCUAGAGUUGAGGUUCAUGACGAAGGCGGGGAGCUCAUACAGCUAGACAGUCUCAUGUUAAUAAAUAGUGGUACAGAAGAUACAGACGAUAAGGCUUCCGGCACUGUAACCGCACCAACUGUAAUUGCAGUGGAAUCGGAAUCAUCAGAAUCGUGUCGUGACGCGACCACCCUAGCUCUUACUGAAACGGAGCUUUCCGAUUGGGCAGCCGAGAGUGUUGUGCUCGACGACUGUGCACUUGAUGACAAAGAGGAAAAAAAGAGAAGCAAAAAUCCGCGUACACUCAGUGGUCCGAAAACGGUACAUGAUGCGAAAAACAUAUCAACAAUAACGUCGCACGUGUGUGGUCGUACUAGCCCUGAACCCAUUGUCUACUCGAACGCUUUCGAAAACUUUGAAUUUGCUGAUGAAGGUGAACAGGACCCAUCAAUAGAAACGCCCGCGACCCCCCGUAACGAGGGUUAUAUGGAGUUUGUUGAUGAUGAAUAUGACACGUAUUCUCCUAGCAACGAUCGAUCAAUGAAUUUUAUUGAGAGUAGCUUCUCCGAAACGGUAUUUAAGCCCAUUAGUCAAGAAGUCAGCCAUAUUCAAGACAUUAUUAUCACAACAACCACCGAAUCAGUUGAUGAUGUGGAUCUCAAAACAGAUAGUGCAUUAGUGCCAGAAGAUUUUAAAUCACCGCAACUGUUGAAAUCGAUAGAGCAAGAAUCUAGCGAAAAAUCUAGCAGUGAGAAUGCAACGAAAAGUCCUGAAAUAAAUAACGCCGAUAUUAAACAAACCGAAAACGCUAUUCCUGUCGAUACUAAAAUGGACUCAUUGAGUUUAUCCGACAUGUCGCCACCUCUCGAAAAAGACACGGAUGUUGAAUCUAAGUCCAUGGAAACGAAGAGCGAGAUGUCACUAGACGACACAUCUCCCCCACUUGUACCUGAAACGCCAAAAACGAUUAGUAAUAUAUAUUCUAAUUCGAGCACGCCUGUAACGUUUUCUUCAGCUGGUCCAACGUCAAUGAGGCUAUAUUCACCGGCCAUAUGUAGGUCAGCUAGUGAGACAUUCACAGGAUCUAAUUCCAACAGUAUAGAAUCGCCGCCCCGUCAUACAGAGUGGUCAAUGUCUCUGAAUCUAAGUUCAGGAUCAGUGUCGCCAGUAAGUCCGACGCCUGCGCCCGAGACUAUGCAUAAGGUGCAGGAGAUCAAAAGGGAACGAGACGAGCAGACGGAGGUAGUUCGAAGGCUCGUGCUGGAGAGGCUGGGCAGUGGCCCCCGCGUUGGUAGGAAGUCGUCGCGUCGCAUUCGAGUUUCCCCUGUUUCGAAUAUGCCUCCACCUGUACCACCUCCCCCCACUCUCCCGAGUGCGCCCCCUCUGCCUCCACCGCCUCCACUCCAACAAUAUCCGCCUCCUCCACCACGGCCGGCACCACCGCUCAUGCCGCUACCAGUUACACCCUCAUUCUCCGACCCCGAGCUGGCGAGAGAGAGAAGAAGAAAGAGUAUUAUGAAGAGCAUAUCGAACUAUCUGAACAGACUCGGACCUCGACACAAGUGGGUAUCGGAUCCGGAGCUGAGGCGGCACGAGUCGAAUCCACAACAGGCGAGAAUGAGCAGUUCUCAUAAGUCGACAAGUGCUCUGCAGGAAGCGCCGCCGGUGCCACCACCUCCCGCAGGCUACUGCUCACGAUACCCCACGAGGCACUCUGGUCCAAGUGCCAGCGGCACAGGCGCAGGCGAUGUGGACGAACGAGAUGCGAUGCAGCUUUGGUUCGAGGCUCGGUGGGCGCGGCUUGUCGCUCAGCGGCGUGCAAGGGAAGAGCCACGUGAGGAACAGAGCGCACGGCGGUUGGCUCGGCUCGAGCGGCGACUAACACGACCCCUGUCUGCGGAGCAGCAAGCGGCGACGGUUGCGGAGAUAGUGCAGGUGUCAGCGCAACGGGACGCGCACCAAGCUCUCAUGGCGGCUGAUAGACGACGAGCGGCAGGCGGAGUUGGGGACUAGCCGUAUAUGAUUUGGCUUUAUAACCUGCCUCUGCUUUUCGCGGUGUGUGAGGUCACACAAUUGCUGUAUCACUUUGGUUGUACAUUGAAUCUUAAGACGCCUAGAAGAAGGUUAUUAUUACAGAAAUUGAUCUUAUGUUAAAAUAGAAGGUCUCAGAACAGACGUGCUGAAAACAAGAAAUAAGAUACGUAAGGUCAUAUGUAAGAUAGAUCUUACGACCAAUCGGUCUACAAUAUUUUUAGUUUAUGUACCAUACUGUUUGAGUAUGAUAAUAGUAUUAAACUCAAAAAGUAAGUUCAAUGUAAUAGUAGUUAAUAUUCAAUUAUUUUAUGUCUAUAACUAUUUAAAAUAUUUUUAAGGAAUUUUAUUUUAUUAUUUAAAUUAUAUUUAAAACAAACAUUAAUAUUAAUGGGCGUUUUAGAUCCAAUUUUAAACUGUAAUUAAAUUAUUAUUGUCUCAGAAAAGCAAUAUGUUUAGACAUGUAUGCUCCGGGUUUAGAUCAACAAUACCAUUAGAAAACGUCUCAUCAGAACAGCUUAAAACAUUCUCGAUUUUAUUCUCACUUAAACAUUUCGCACUUUACUUUUGUGAAAAUAAUAUUAGCUAUGAUUUAUGAAUACAACUAAUAACUAGUAGUAUUGUUGGUCGAAUCUUUGGUCAUAUAAUGUAGAUUAUCAAAAGGCAUUCGAGACUUUUUUGUAUCAAUGAAUCAAAAUGCUUUAAAUAUUAUGGAUACAUUUUAAAAAGCUAUUUAUUUUGCUUAAAAUAUAAAUAAUUGCUAUUUCGUUGCCUUCGCAACCAGCUUGUUGUGUAAUUUUAUUUCAUGUGUAAAUUGGAUGGAUGUAUGUAAAUAUCCAUAUUCGAAUGUAUUAAAAUUUAUCUUUUAUAAUGAUAACGUAUUAAAAUUUGAGCAUUAAAUAAAUUUUGAGGAGUCAUUUAGAUGAUUGCUUCAAAAAAGACUCAAACGCCAUUGUAAAAAAUUGCAUUGUUAUAGUUAGCGGCCCAACUAUAGUCUUUACGUUUGUGUACUCAUGUAGUAAAACUUGUACUACAGCAUUGUGACGUACUCACUAAUAAAUGCCCGAGACUGAUGGACUUCUAUGCGUUUCGUACAUUGUUUAUCGUAGGCGAACAUUUAUAUUAUUAUCGUGCUACUAAAGUAUAAAGAAAAUAUAAAUAAAAAUAAACUAUACUGAACCGUCUUCUAAACAGCUUAAGCAUGACUUAAGUAUGCCUAAUAUCGAAACUCCGUUUUAUAAGGUAGGUUAAUCAUUUGCGAUCAAAAGGCCAACGUGCGGAUUGUUUCUCGUUUAAUAUCUUGCGAUUAAGAGUACCUUGCGGCACUAAAAUAAACCAACUUAUUUGUAUAUAAAUAAAUAGUACAUUGCAGUGUUAUGCGAUCGAUAGCUUUAUAUAGAACAAAGUUGUGGCAUACAUGGCGAUUUAUUGUAAAAAAUGCAAAUAAUUUACAUUAUACGGUAGCAUUUUUAUAGAUUAAUCACUAACACUCUCCAUAAGAUUCUAAAUAGAGGCAAGUGGGUACGAAAUAGGAAAUAUAAAUAAAGACAAUAAUUUAAAUAGGUAUAUUUAAUGAUAUAUAUUGGGUUUAUAUCGGUUUAUUUAUAAGCGAAGUUAGUAGUAUAAUAGAGUUAUGAUUAAUUUAAAAUAUAUCCAUCCAUUAAUAGUGAAUAAUCCAUAAUUUAUUGCCUCUAUUUAAAAUCACUUCAUUCAUGUACUCAAAGCUUUACCUUAUAUUUAGUUAAUAUUUUAAUUAUUGACGAUGAACGCUUAGUGCGAAAUAUUUAACUGAAAUCUGUAAAUUAUAGUGGAAAAAUCUUUUAAUAAUAUAGUUUUUAUUUUCAUACCGUUAAGAAAGACUUUAGCUAAUCAUCGUGACAUUAAUUCAUCUAAUUAAAAACAGACGAGAAAUCAUAAUAUGAUUUUUUAAUUGGCAGGGUUUAUCGUGUCACAGUUUAUGGGAUUAAAAUUAAAUGAUGACUAAUCUAAAUAUACUAAAUUUGUAUAAAAUUGAUUUAAAUAAGUUAUCGCUACCAGGUCUGCUCAUGGGAACGUUAAAAUAUUUUAUAAAUUAUAAGACUCAUGGUUUAUUUUAUCUUUAGAGAACACUCCCAAUUUGUCACAAAAUGCGAUACCCGCAAAGGGAUGUAAACGGUGUGCUAGAUAUGCCAAAUGAUAAACUAGCGAGCAAAGGGAAUCGGUCACCCACAUAUUGUUAUUACGAAUAUAUCUAUCGCAAGUUCCUUGUAAUAUGCAAGUCACGCAUAUUCACAAUAGAUUUUAAUUGGUAUUAAAUUUCUAAUAAAGUAUUCAAGUGUUGGCCACAAUGUUUCUUGCAGGUUAGAAAUGAACGCACAAUUUAUUUUUAUGUAUAGACAAUAUUUUAUUGCAAUUAAACGAAUUUGAGAUAGAUACAUUUUAAUCGACUAUGUGUGCGAUUCGAUUUUUUGCUUGCUUAUGUAUUUUUAUAGUAUAGUCUAUGUAUAUUGCUGUAAAUGUAGCUAUGAAAUGUUUGGUUUCGGUCUAUUGCUGUCUCGCUCGUACAUACCAGAAAAAGAUUCCUUAUCUUGGUACUAACAGAAUUAUUCAUAUUUCUGAUCGAUAUGAGCUAAGAUUAAAAUGUCGGAAAUCAGUCAUUAUAUAUAUUGUAAUAAUACCAAUUUUAUAAAUUAUUGCUCACAGCUCACUGUACAAUUAUUAUUUUACUUAUUUGACGAACAAUUUUAAUAUCUUUUAACAAAUUAGCCAUUAAAAAGUAACUUAUAAAUAGUUCGUAGAAAGUUUUGUUUCUAUUAAUUUGAUUGUUUUAGACAAAAAUUACUUAGUUUCAGCAAAUAUUAGGAGUGUAACGUGCUGUAUUUACGUUAUACUCCUGAUAUUUGCUAAAUGAAAGAUAGACCAAUAAAGUGCAAAGUUUCAGA